AUGUCUCUACUUGGUCUCAACAAGAAGAAAUCUGGUUCUUCAAACAGUUCUGGUGUGUCAAUCACCUCAAGCGCUCAAUGUGGUGGCCAAUCAUAUACUAACUUUGAUGAAAAGAAAGAUUACGUUCGUCGUUGCUCAUUAAAGCGUAAAUGUUCUGGUUUCAACACCUCUGACAAAAAGAAGCUUGGAAAGAAUCCUUCUCCGGUCUCAUUUUGUUUGGGUCCUAAGUGUUAG